GUCCCAGUAUAUGUACCGAACACAGACGACAAAUGGGUUUUGGUACAUGUGUGUAUUAAAAGAUGUAACAUUCCUGCUGUGAUAUUCAUUGACACUCAACUAGCAACACAAGUAUGAUCAACAGCCGAGGAUCUUAAAGGAAAAGCUUUGAUUAUACUACAAUACCAGAUGGAAGGAUGCUGAUUCAAUAAUUACUCUGAGGUUGAAAGAGAAUAUCUUUGUUGCAAUCAAUUUAUCCAACAGCCAAAAGAGGAACAUAAAAAGCAGAUAUCUCAAGAGUAACUUGAUAUUGUUGGUCAUGAGGAUGUAAUCCAAAGAAAGAGAGAGGAGACCCAGCAACUGACUAGUCUGUGGGUCGGUCCUUGAUCACGAAUGUUGAAUACCGAAGACAGGGGAUCCACCUGGAGUUACUGGAGACUAAGCGGGAUCCAUCUAUCUCCCAAGAUGCGAUUCAAUCAGAAGGAGCUAGCGGCCGUGGGCAUGGAGUCCUCCAAGUAUUUCACCAAGGAGGGACCUCUCUACAUGAAAGUCACAGCUGGUGGUUGGCGCAAGAAAGGUUUGGAUUACAGUGAAAGGUGGUGUAGACUACGAGGUAAUCUUCUGUUCUUCUUCAAAGAUCGUAACCUCCUACCUGAACCUCAAGGGGUUAUUGUACUAGAACAGUGUUUUAUCAAGGAGGAGUAUGGAGAGGUUAAACCGCAUGCUUUCUCACUAGAAUUUGUGGGAGAGGAACACAACCAGUACUUUGCUGCACACUCCACAGAACUCAGAGACGAGUGGGUGGCGGCGAUACGCCUGGCAAGCUAUGAGAUGCUGCGUGGACAGUUACAGAAGCUACGUAUCCAGAUCUUAGCACGCACAGGUCGUGACCCCAUCAGUGAGGGUCAACCAGGGGUCAUUGACCCAGGUGACCUCUCUGAUGGAACACAGAAUGAUCCUGUCUUGGAGAUGUCAAUAUCUUGUAACAACCUUCCUAUGAAACCCAGCGGAGAGGAACCUAGUGUGUAUGCUACCAUCAACUGUAUGACACCGCCUGAUACAAGAUGGCUAAACUGUGGACAAACCGAGAUCAUUGAUAGACAAUGUAAUCCAUUCUUUGUAUCUACGGUAGUCUUUGAGACCAGUCGGAACAUCGCUGUCAUCACCAGGUUACGAGCCAAUAUUUACUCUGUCGAAGACAGGACUAACCAAUCACAUUGUCCUAUAGGUCAUGCCAUCUGUUCCUUCAAAGAUAUCAUUGCUGCACCUGGUAACAAGCUAGUACUCAAUAUCAUCGGUGCUGAUGAUAGACCCUGUGGCGGCACCAUCAGCUUACUGCUAUGGGAGCUUGAUCAGUGCGUAUCUCCUGAAACAGAAAGGAAUUUUCAUGUGAUAUCCCAGCCAGAUCCUAUCAGUAAUAUGAUCAUUGGGGUACCACCAUCACCCACCACUCUCCAUCCACCCCGUAGUAUACAUACAUCAUCCAGUAGAGAUUCUAUAUCUAGAGGACUCUAUGGAUGUGUAUGCAAUAAGAAAUACCGUUAUCUCAAUCCUGAUGGUAAGAUUGUACAGGUGGAAGAGAUCAUGGCGGAGAGUAAACUAUCAUUCUACAUUCCACAGAAGAUGCUAGAAUUAUAUUUAGAUGAAGAAAAGAGGAAGUUAAAAGAGGUUUCAGUCUUUGCACUGCCAUCAGAAGAUUGGGAUAGAAUAGGUCGAGCUGUAAUGGCCGAGCACGUCACUAUGAUAGAACAGUACACACAGUCCUUAGAACAACUCAAGAGGUUACAGAAAAAUGAGUUAAGGUUAUUCAAGAAGAGCACAGAACGUAACGAUAAGAAACUAGAGUUUGUACCUACAAACCUCCAUCUGCAAAGAUUGAGAGUCGAAGAGCAAGGAUCAAAAGGAGUUGUAUAUAACACCAUCACCUUUGGAGCACCCUGUGCACACACAAUGAAAUUCAAACAUGGAGGAUUAAGAAGAUUAUUCCAACAAUAUGCAGAUGAACAGAGUAGACUUGUUGGUAACAACCACUGCCUAUCAUCACAAGCAGCUGAUGUAUUAACAAGAGUAUCAGAACUAAGAGAGAAGGUUGAUCAGUGCUGUAAGGACGUUAGCUUAGCUGCCAAGUAUAAAGACGUUACUACCAUGAAGCAUAUGACACAAGCACUAUAUGAACAGAUUAACAUCUUCUGCAGAGAGGUGACCUUGCUCUUAGAGCAAUGUGUAGUUCCAGCAUUACAGAAAACCCAUGGAUCAUAUCAAGAUGCUACUAAAGCUGAAGGGAAAUCAGAUCGUAAGCAUCAUAAAUCACACCACCAUCCUGUUAGUAGUGACAACGGUAGUGCUGGAAAUUCACGCAACAGCAGUAUCAGUGUUUCCUCGCCUCCCCAGAGGAGUAGUAUACUAAGCUCAAGCAGCGGAUCUACCGUUCCUAGUACUAGUGUAUCUAAUGGUAGCUAUGAAGAUUGGGAACUGAAUGGACUUUGUUUACCAGGGAAAGCAUGCCCUAAUAGAGAAGGUGUCCCAUCAUGGGAUUGUAUGUGUAAGAAGAUAGAGGAUUCAGUGAGUAUGCUUCAACAGGUGGUUGAGAUGUUACCAGAGUCAGCUAAUGCUGAGGAACGUAUGGUAGCAGUUGACCCAGGGCUCCAAUCACUCAAUGAAGCUCUUAUCAAGCUUCAAGAACAAGCCAAAUUCAGCGUGGGAUUCCAGAGAUUACAGGAGGAAUACAAAAACCUUGAUUUUCUGCAGAAUCUACAGAACAGAAGGGAUCUUGUAUUCUCUCAAGUGAUCACAUCUCUGAUCGUUGGUGUAGUUACACAACUCAAAGAGAAUCUUAACAACAGGGGAUAUCUCAAGCAGCUUUGUAAGCUAGGAUUCUUAGCUCACUUUGAGAGUCUACUCAGUACAUAUGGUGAUGAGAUGGGAAUGCUUGAAGACAUGUCAGCAUCAAUCAAAGAUCUUCAGGGAGUUACAUUCAAAUUAAUUGCAAGCAAAUCAGAAGAUGAUAAACCUCUCAUAUCAGGAAGCAGAUGCAAUGUAGUUGUAGAGAUUCCACUGGACAUAAACACCUUGACCAAGCUACCAGAUGACCUUGGCCGUGGUCAAAUUAUCAAGGUCACUCCUGUUCUCUUCACUGUAGGGAUCAAUGAAGAACAAUCUCUUGCUGAAUUGUUUGGAGAUACAUCAUUACAAGAGUCUAUCAACAAAGAAAACAUGCAUAAACUAGAUGUCUACUUUGAUAGAUACCUUAGAUUAAUACAAGUUGAAGAUCGCCCACAUUCCACAAGCACACUGAGUAUUGAGCUUUUAAUGACAAGUUUGAGGCAUCAUGUGCAGUCUAAGAGACAGAAGAAUGUUGAGAUACUACACUAUAGCAGACAGUUGGUGAGAAGAAUAAAUGGUAUCCGUUACAUGAGCUGUAAGAGUGCUAAGGAUAGAACAGGGAUGUCUGUGACGUUAGAACAAUGUCAACUACUACAAGAUGAACACAAGAUGGAGCCCCAUAUGUUUGUGCAUUUACUCAACACCAUGCGCAGUGAGGGGACCAGGAGAGACAACUCAAGAAAGAACACAGGAAUCAACAAGUAUGCCUUCAACAAAAUGCAGUUAAGAGCAUUCCCUAAGUUAUACAGACCACCAGAAGGAACCUAUGGCAAGACAGUUGCAACAUAAUCCGUAAUGAUUACCAAGAGGGGGGUUUCAUGAAAGUUGUCAGCACUGACAAUCUCAGUGAAACCCUCAGGUUUUGAUUGGCUGAAAAGCACAGGUCUAUCACUGUAUAUGUAUGGUAUCUAUUGAAGAACACUUACAUUUAGUACUUACAAGCUUCAUGACAUGGUGCCCUUUUCAGAAACAGGUGCAAUCAAAUAUUUCUCUCAAAAUAAGUAAUUUAUAAGCAACUAGGCUCUCAUUGCAUAAAACUUACUAUUGUGGUAACUCACAUGGUAACAAUGCUCAUCAGCCAAUAAAGCCAAGGAUUCCAUGAAAGAUAUCAUUGGAUUUCAACUGGGCGCCUGGGCGCAGAAUUGGGCACUUGAGACUUGUGAUUGACAGUUUGCAACAUUCUAUAAUGUACUUGUCUUAUAAAAGCAUGCAGUCAUUUGUACUAAUUGACAACUCAUGAUAAGUUGGUGGUUUGGUUUAUCAUUACAUAGCUUUCAAAACCAAAGCAUUAGAUAUGUUUUGGCAGAAAACAGUACACAAUGUAGAUAUAGUUAUUAGUGACAUUAAUUCUCAGCAAAUUCACACCAAACUUUUUUAUUUCAAGAGCUUGUGUUGCCAAUUUGUCUGUUGGCACAUAGGGGUUCAUUUUUAGAUAUGACAUGACAACAGUAUUGAUGGCAUAUAUUAGAUUCGCAUACACUAUUUUAGACUGGUGCUAUGAUAGAGGUGCUUUAGCUAAUGUUUAUGAGAUUGCAAUCUGGCAAAAUGACUAUCCUUGGAGAUCUGUUGGUAUCUUAACUAGUUCUUAGAUGACUACCACCUGAUACCUUGACCUUAAUUCUAAUCUUAAAAAUCCGUGUAACCAUAACUCUGUUUUACUAAUCCUAAUUCUGUGCAGAUAAUGUCCAGAAAUAUCACAAAAGAGCUACAAGUUGGUAAUUUUAGGUGGAGCAGUUUAGAUUUUCCCUGUACAAAAACACCAUAGAAUACAAUAAUGCUGGCCGCAUUUUCAAUACACACGAUCAGCAAAACAUAUCAUUUCUUUUACGUGGAAAUUCACUGCAUUGCAGAUACGACAGUUUGGCUGAUGGUCCAUUUGCAUAUUAAGUGCACGCUGCUACUUUUUGCUUUGCUUCAGUAUACGUUUCCAAUGGGAUGUGCGCAUUCAAUCCAUAAAUUGUAUGGCAGCGCCAUUAAAAUCCCCACAUAUCUCAGAAAACUGAAAUGAAGUGCUGCCUAGAAAUUUAAUUAUGUAUAGUGUGGGACUUGUACUUUCAUUUUCUGAAAAAAUAUCAUGAUCUAUUUUUUGACCAAAACUGACUGACAUGACGGUUCAGAUGAAAGCUGAUGAUAUGAGUCCACAAUGAAUUUCAAUUAAUCAUUUGGUACAUUAUGUUAAUCAUGAACAAUGGAUGGAAACCCUGUAAACUAGAAUUCUUGAUUAGUCUGGAGUUAAACCUAGGUUGAUUCAUUAGAAUACCACCCAGGUAUUUCUUAAAAUAUAAGAUGUGGAGUUAGCAGAUAAAUAUUUGAAUGAAAAUUAUUUAGAUGUAUAGUUUAUAUUCUACCCCUGAUUUCAAUCAAGUUACUCAGACUGUUUAUUGGUAUGCUAGCCUUGCAAUUUGGUUUCUCUCUUUCCAAAAUCUGUAACUCUUUCAAAAAUGUUUAUUUAGAUAUACUCAAUAUCAUUUAUGGAAAUUAUUUACCGGUAUUCACUGAUAAUUGUGGUAGUAUGGUUGUAUAAAUACCAAAGUAACAGCUGUAGCCUUUUUUUCCUAGAAUUGUUUAAAUUCUCAAGUUCAUGUCAGGAUCACUCUUUAUUUACAUUACUGACUGGUUCUGUGGCUAGCAAUGCUAGCUGUGGCUCUUAUAGUAAUAGACAUGCUUAGUUAAACUCAUACAUGGGUGAAAAUUAGCUUUGAGAUUUCAACCUUUGGAGCCGUGUCUUUCCCGCAGGAGUCUUGCAAGUGGCUUUUCAAUACCAAUCUUCAUAUUUCAUCCUUGACAAAAUAAUAGAGAAUGAUGGAAAGUUGCUUUGAAAAGAUGCGCAUGGGGCCUUUACAGCAGGACUUUUGCUAGAAGAUGCGGCACAGACUUUUCACAAAUUGCUUUGUCUGGAAA